AACUCUUCGACUCAGUCGACGCCAGACCGUCAAAGCCGCAACUGGACUGUCGAGAUGAGGUCCUCUGUGGUGUGUUUUGCAUUAUUGUUGAUCACUUUGUCCGCCGUGCUGGGUUCAACUUUAAUUGACAGUACAAUCAUCGGUGGAGAUAAUGUGGCCGUUGAGGUUCAGAUUGCCAAGUACAAAGCCGAAUUCCUGGAGGAGUUCGAGCACUACCAGUCCACCGGUCAACGAUCGGCAAAUUUUGAUCGGCUGCUGGAUCUGAUCAAGCGGUCCAACAUCCGGGUUUCGCUGGACGAGAUGCCUCACGCGCGGAGUCCGAAGGUUUGCUUGACCUGCCUAUCGGCGAGUCAUACGUUUUUGGAGCUUUAUAAGAAGUCGGAGAGCAAGCAGAAGGGGGAGUUGGUGAAGCUGGCUCAAGACAUUUGCCACUUGUAUAACUUAAAAAGCUACGUUUGUGAUGGAUUGGUUGAGCUGAAUUCCGAUAUGAUGCUGUUUAUCUUGAGCCAGCUGCAAUACCUGCCAAGUGCUGAACGGGUUUGCGAAGUGGCGUUCCAGGGGGAAGAUUGUGUUGCAAAGAGUUCCAAUCUGCUUGAGGAUCGCUACCCAAAGGUGGUCAUAAGUGAGUCGCGUCACACGUUGAAGACGUCUAAGGUAUCGACGGCUAGAUCAGCGGGAGAACCCCUGACCAUCAUCCACAUUACUGACAUCCAUUACGAUCCGGAUUACGAGGUUGGAGUCAACGCUGACUGUGGUUCGGAAGCAUGCUGCCGUCACGUCCCAGACCUCGAUCCGGCCGAUUCUAGCAACGCCGCCGGCUUCUGGGGUGAUUACCGCGAAUGUGACACUCCGUGGCACACCGUAGUCGACGUCAUGGAGCAGAUACGCAAGCAGCAUCCGGAUGUCGUUGCGGUCUACUUCACCGGGGACAUCAUUCACCAUUUCACUUGGAACACGACGCUCGAAAGCAACGAGCAAGCCAUGGUGCAGAUCUUCCAGCUGUUGAAGGAACGCUUCGCCGGCAUCCCGCUCUAUCCGAUUCUCGGUAAUCACGAAGCUCAUCCGGCUAACCUGUACGCACCGAACGACGUCCCAGCGACCCUCAACUCCAAGUACCUCUACGACUUCGUCGCAAAACAGUGGGAAGACUGGCUACCCGAAGACCCAACCAUCCAGCAAACCAUUGCCGACGGAGCGUACUACACUGCGAUCACUCCGCUAGGUCACCGGAUCAUUGCCCUGAACAACAACCCGUGCUACGUGCACAACUGGUGGCUCCUCUUCAGUGACAACUACUACAUCCGGCAGCUCCAGUGGCUGCACGACACGCUCCAAGGCGCGGAACAAGCCGGUGAGCAAGUUCACAUCCUGGGUCACGUGCCGUCGUACGACAACUACUGCUACGUAGGUUGGACCCGGGAGUACCGGAAGAUCGUGGAGCGGUUUGCGCACAUCAUCCAGGGGCAGUUCAACGGGCACUCGCACCUGGAUGAGUUCAAUGUGUAUUACCGGAAGGACGAUCCGACGGCAGCGGUGAACGUGGCGUGGAACGGGGCGUCAACGACGACCUUUACGCGACUGAAUCCGAACUACAAGGUGUUUUACGUGGAUGGGGAGAGCUUUGAAAUCCUCGACCAAGAAACCUGGAUCUACAACCUGACUGAGGCCAACCUCACCCCGGACCAGCCUCCCCGCUGGUUCAAGGAGUACUCGUUCCGCGAGCAUUACAACCUGACGGACCUCAGCCCUCGUUCGCUGGACCAGCUGCUCCAACGGCUGGCCGGCUCCGACGAAGCAUUGUACGACUAUUGGCGGCUGAAGCAGAAAAACGCCGACCCGAUGCUGACCCGGGGCUGCGACGAGGACUGCCUGCGUGAAACGCUGUGUGCUGUGGUGCGGACCGAAUACGGAGACGAUAGGGUUUGCGACCGGUUGGUGGGAGGGAAGGAAAGGGAAGAGUUGUGACUUUUUGAAUGAAACAGAGCUGUCAAAGUUAACACUAAAAUUUAUAUUUCUAUUAGUUUACUUUCAUCUUGUCUAUACAAUUUGUGUGUGUUUUUUUACUCUUGUGAUGCAUUUGUUUUGACUUUAUUUUUUUCUUUUUAUGAUGAUUGUGAAUAUUUGCAAAUAAAUAUCGGCUCAUUUCUAAA